UGUACUCCCAGGUAUGAUCUAAAGUGUCAUCAGGUGUACUGCCAGGUGUACUCAGGUACUCUCAGGUGUGUACUCAGGUACUCAGGUGUACUCUCUGUGAUGUUAGCCCCCUAGCGCUCACACCACCUGUGCUUUGUCAUCUUGCUCCCUAUGAAGGGCAACUGUCGCCUGGGCACGCAGCCCAAACCUGCUGACUCGCACCGGAAGCUCCUGGACCUUAAACAAAUGUCGGACCUGGACUCAAAGAUCCAGGAGAAAGCCAUGAAGGUGGACAUGGACAUCUGCCGACGCAUCGACAUCACGGCCAAGUUGUGCGACGUGGCCCAGCAGAGGAACUCUGAGGACAUGUCCCUCAUGUUCAAUGUCAGCCCCUCCAGAGCACUGCCUGACAGGGGGGCAGUAGCGUGCAGGAGAAAGGAGCGUAAGGUGACGUCGGAUGAGGACAGCUCGGAGAUGGACGCUGACCCCAGCACAUCGGAAGAGGAGGUGCCCGGCUCAGUCAACAUCACAGACGAGAUGAAACGCAUGCUCUACCAGCUCCCUUGCUCUGACACCUCCCUUGUUGCCAGGAAGGAGACGUUCGACAUAGACGACGACUGCGACAGCCUUACUUGGGAGGAGAACGACGAGACACUGCUGCUAUGGGAGGACUUGGCCAACUACAACGCGCCGUACGCCUUGAACAACAACAACAACAACACUGGCGCAGUGGAGUGCCAUGGCGACAGCGCAGAGCCUGUGUCCCAGGAGGGCAGUCUGGGCAGCCUGAUCGACGAGACUGAGAAUCUGUUCAAGAACAGAGAACAGGAGUACCAGAAGACCAUGGGCGAGAUCGAGAUGGAGUUGGCCACGGCGAAGUCGGACAUGAACAGACACCUGCAUGAGUACAUGGAGAUGUGCAGCAUGAAGAGAGGGCUGGACGUGCAGAUGGAGACCUGCAGGAGGAUGAUCAAGGGGGGCAGAAACUCUCCUUCCGUCAGCUCAGUGGCCAGCAGUGACUCAGGGAACACUGAUGAGAUCCAGGAAGAGUUGGACAAGGACGGCGAGGUGGAGGGACCAAUCAGCUGAUUCCAGCUGUGCCCGGCCCCGCUCACCCCUCCUCACACAAGGACAGCCAGCCAAUGAGCUCCUGUCGGCUCCUGGGAAACCCAGCGUUCCGAUGGUGGUCUCCACCAAUCCCAGGCCACGACCAUAUGACGGACAGGUCUUGACCCGACCCACCCACCACACAGAGAAUUGGUGCUUUAAAAUCUCCACUCUGGCGGGGAGUGGAGGUGAGGAGGGGUGUUUUUUAUCCCCCUUUGCUUCACGAGUGUUUCAAGUAAAAACUUGAAACCGUUUAAAGAUGUACGCGUCACGUCAUGUCACACAGUGUUGUGACUGUGCUCUCUGAUCUGCCACCCCCACUGGGCUCCACACUGACCUCACAGAGCGACCACACACCUCCCCCUCCCGCACCUGUCAAUCAAACGCACAUGUCAAUCAAAAUAACAUGUCAAUCAAACUCACUUGUCAAUCAAAGCUAGCUCCUCAAAGCUCCUCUUCUGGCUUCAAAGUAAGAGUCACUCCCCACUGUGAUCUCACUGGACACAGUACCCAUACACCCAGCUAGCAGCUAAGUGUAGAUCAGGUCUGGCCUGUACCUGAUGUGUGUCCAUGUCAGAUCAAGGUCAGAUCCGGCCUAUAGUCAUCUAUUACCUGGGCAGAUAAUAUCAUAUAUCCAAGGCCACUCACUGACUCAUAUGAACGACAGGAAACUACACAUUACUCAAACAAGAGGCACAGAAUUUUGACUGGUAACUGGUAAAGUGAAAGUGGAAUUGGGGUGUUUCUGGCCUGUGGCAUGUGAGACAGAUCUGCACAGAAAUUGUUUCCCAUGUCACCCAUAAAGCACAAUGGAAUGGUCCUAGUCCUGAGGUGUGUUCAAAAUAGUCAACAAGGGCAAAUACUGCAAACGUUUUCAAGCAGUUUUGAGUUCACACACACAAACACACACACGGUCUGAGGAGUUAGUUAUCGGCAAACAAACAAACAUGGACGCUAAACUAGGGUUACAUUUUAUAUUUAACAAUUUGGAAUAUUUACACAAAAAAGUUCACAUUAAAAAGAAAACGUUCUGAAUGUUUUGAACGCCCCUCUGGUGUCCUGUGUAUCUGGGCCUGGGCCUGUGCCUGCUGAUGUUCCCCUCUGUCAGGUCUCCAUGGGAGCUGGGUGGUGUGUGUGUGCGGAGCGGUGCACAGUUCAUCCUGAGGAAUGCUCUGUUCUAAAGUUCUAUGCAAUCGGCUAGCCUUAUUUCAGGACAGGUGAUGCGUUUCAUUAUUUGCCUUCAAUUAGCUGGACAGGUGCGUGUACCUGUCCACCACUGUGUGUCAAUGUAGAUGAGAGGACAGGAAGGUGUACAAACGGAAGAAUGGAACAGUGCCCCCCACCCCCAGAUAUACACACACUCUCUCUCUCACACACACACUGAUACUCACAAUAAAAUGAUUACAUGAUUCAAUUAUAUUCAGGUAUAGAGCUUAGAAACCCAGGAGCAAUGAUCAUCUCCCUCCCAAACCAGGUCAUACAUUUCCACAUGUACCAGCCCCUGUAGUCUCAGACAGCAGCUCUGGGACAGGAUCUGUGACAGAAUCCUGUGCAUUGGAAUGUAGUUCUCACACUAUGUAUGGACUCACGCUAGACUCCUCUGUAGCUCUGUAGUGGCUGUAAAGAAUUUGCCUGGUUGCGUUCACAUAUGAUAUGUUUCAUUACACUUCAAGUCAAUGUUACCCCUACAUCUCCACCAUUUUACUUGAAUUUUAUUAUUAUGUCCAGCAGGGGGCACUGUUUCAUACUGACGUGCUGUUCUUUGCUGUGUUUCGCUGUCGAGUGCAGAGCGCUGCUGUAUGUAAAUAGAAGUCUUUGGCAUGCCAGACCUUAGUGGCCUUUUAGUUCAUUCAGUACGAGUUCUGUUAUCACAUAUUUCUGUGUUUGUUUGAUUGCAUUUAACCUUUCAGUUGUUUUCUGUUGGUUUAGAUUUUAUGCAUAAUUGGAAUAUGACAGGCAAAGCAUGGGGUAACAAGGAAUUAUUUAGCUUGAUGUAAGAUAAUUGAUUGAGAAUCAAAGAUAUAUGUA